GCUAUCGGCAAACGUGAAUACGGGUUGGAGGAGAAGUCCUGGAAGAGUUUUAAUGUGGUUGCCUGGCCCCGAGUUCUCAUACAGUUCAGCUGGCGUGCCAUGGUGCAGUGUGGGAAGAGUCUCAAAGCACAGUGUUCAGCAGCUGAUAUUUUCUUAGAGUACCGAGCAAUUAAUUUGGGCAAGCAUGGAGUUGUAUGCAUAUGGUAAUUAGCAAGGAAAGCACCUUAGGCCAGCAUAACAAGGUGGUGUGGGUGUCCUUCAUUUUGAGAUUGUUCCUUGUAAUUGCAGCAAUUUAACUGACUUGAUCAAUGUAACAUCCCUGUGUAGUCGUGUAAGCGUGCCAUUAGGCAGGUAUUCUUAAAAAUAGGUUAAAUGCAAUGGGCUGUGCCCAAAAAAGUACCUGCCCUGGGGCACCUUAUUUAAAUAAGAAUGUGUAGUCCUGUGUAAACUGUCAGCAGUAAUCCUUUUAUAGGGCUGACUAAAUUCUGAAGCUCUGACAUGUGGACUGUUCUCUUCCUUAUAUAGGGCUGGAUAAGUGCUGGGCAGUAACGAGAUUGGAAUAAAAGGCUUUGGUAACAAAGAUGAACUGGCAGUCCCGACUGAAUCUUAAACUUAUCCCUGCGUAUACAUGGACUUCAAACGAUGUGGGUGUGGGUCCUGCUUGCUGAAGUUGGACUUGAUGACUCUGUUUUGGAGCUUCUGCUUAUGGAUAGCAUUUGGUUGCUUGGGCUGCAGAUUCACCCAGAUGGAAACCCCUGUACUCUUUAGAUACCGAGGUUGGAGGUGGGUGCAGCUUACUGCUAUGGACAGUGCUAUCACCCUGUGGCAGUUCCUCCUCCAACUCCUCCAAGAGCCUCAGAACAAGAAUAUCAUCUGUUGGACCUCCAACGACGGGGAGUUCAAACUGCUGCAGGCAGAGGAGGUGGCCAGACUCUGGGGAAUCCGCAAGAACAAGCCCAGUAUGAACUAUGAUAAACUCAGCCGUGCUCUCAGAUACUAUUAUGUGAAGAAUAUCAUUAAAAAAGUGAACGGUAAGAAGUUUGUGUACAAGUUUGUUUCUUAUCCGGAGAUUUUAAAUAUGGAUCCACUUGUUGUGGGCCGUAUAGAAGGAGACCCUGAAAUGACUGGUUUUGCGGAAGUUAGCAGUGCUCCGAAGGAUGUGGAAAACUGUGGGAAGGAGAAGUCUCAGUCAUGUGCUAAAUCCUCCAGCCGCAAUGACUAUAUCCACUCAGGCUUGUACUCCUCUUUUACUCUGAACUCCCUGAACUCUUCCAGCGUAAAACUCUUCAGGUCCAUCAAGAUUGAGAAUCCAGCUGAGAAACUGACAGAGAAGAAACCUGCUCAGGAUCCAACACCCUCUGUCAUCAAGUUUGUAACCAUGCCCUCCAAAAAGCCUUCUUCUGUCCCCCUGGUCUCUACCACUUCAGUGGUCUCUGCCACUUCCACGGCUUCUGCCACUUCAACCGCAUCCUCUCUUCCCAUGGGAUCGGAAGAAACUCUCCAGACCUUGGAGACGCUUGUUCUACCCAAGUUAACUGUCCCUGAAGCUCCAGCACCUUUGCCAAACUUAACCACCAGCUUCACCCCAACUCCACCCAUAUCCUCAGUUUCUCCCACUCUGCAAGUUCCUUCCACACCCCCGUCGCCGCCCCUGAGCUCUAAUCCUGACCUGGACAUUGACACGGACAUAGAGUCCGUGGCUUCUCAGCAGCUGGAGCAGGCUCAGAGCCUUCAGCAUCAAUCCCCAGAGCCCAAAGAGCAGGAUUCAUCUGUGCUGGAGAAGGAAUUUGCCAAUCACCUCUCCAGAUCGAAAAAACCCAAAGGGCUGGAGUUGGCUCCUACUCUCGUCAUUACAGGCAGCGAUCCAAGUCCACUGGGGAUUCUGAGUCCUUCUCUCCCAACUGCUUCUCUUACUCCAGCACUUUUCUCUCAGACACCCAUCUUGCUGACCCCGAGUCCCUUGCUCUCCAGUAUUCACUUCUGGAGUACGCUAAGCCCAGUUGCUCCUCUCAGUCCUGCAAGGUUGCAAGGUGCUAAUACACUCUUUCAGUUUCCAUCAGUGCUGAACAGUCAUGGCCCAUUUACUCUGUCUGGACUGGAUGGACCCUCUACCCCUGGCCCAUUUUCCCCUGAUCUACAGAAGACAUAGCACAUGAACUCAAGGAAAGGACAUAUUGGCAAGCAAGGGAAAGAUAUGACACUUAUAUUUAACCAUGUUUUUUAAAUGAGCAAUUUAUAAUUCCACAGAGAUAAUCAACAAUCAUAGUUUUUGCCAUUCCCAAAUAAAAUGCCUUUUUUGCAAAAUUCCCUUUUUUGAAGACCCAGGUUGGGAAUGUAUAUGCAAACGCCUUAAUAGGAGCUGAAGCUCCAGUCUCUUCUCUUCCCUCCUUGGUUUGGAAGACUUCACUAUGGUUAAAGGGAGUUUCGGUUGGUGUUGCAGUAACUGAGUCUGCACUGAUUGCAGUAAAACGGUAUCAGAGAAGUCUUUUCUCUGUGACUCUUGGAAAAACCCUCUGUUCUUCUGCUUCCUGUGCUUGGCAAGAAGAAAUCUAAUCAUGAUCGAAGCUGGCAUUCCAGGAAAUGCUUGGGAAAGGGGUGUGUGCACUCAGCUUUGCCUUGGGGCCUGAUAACUUCGGCAGCAACAAAACAGCCCGCGUCUUUUCUGCUGUAAAAACAUCUUGUCUUUUUGCAGGGAGAAAUUUUCAAGGAAUAUUCAACGAUUGUGUUACUGAGAUACGGACAAUUUUUGAAUGGCAUUGUAUGCCGACAGUCCAGCCCCUCGGAGAAGUGGUCUGGCUAGCUUCUGGAUGCUUCCCUGCCCUCCCUUCGGUGAGGAGGCAAGGUGGAGACGAAUGAGUGGUGGGAUUAGUUCCUUUCAGUUCUCAGAAAGUUUUAAUGCUGAAGUCCAAACAUUUCUUGUGCCAGAGACCUGUUACAAAGCCUGUAAUCUCACUGCUGGAAGAUUAGCAGGGUGGUGGAUUUUACAUGCGGUUUUGAGGGUGUGUAUUUGGUGAGGUUGCUGCCUGAUGCUAGAGUUUCAGACCCAAACAGUGGGUGAGAACACUAACGUGUGAGCAUUAACGUUACUGCUCUUUUCCCACAGUUGAAGUGGAGAAGCUCCUCUUCUACCAGCUCUUAUCUCAAGUUUUGCAUUAGAUCUAUUGCUUUUUUUAUUUGAGGAAGCACUCGGACCCAAAAUAAAUUAGGCUCCGUGUGUACAGCUAGCUGAGAGGGGUACCACGGCGUAGCAACCUUACUGUAAAUUUGCGCUUGCAUUCCGUUUCUUUGUAGCCGUGUGUGUGGAUUAAUGCAAGAGUAGUUUCCAGAGCCAUUUGAAACACGGAUGAAAUGAAACUUGUAGUUAGAUUUUUACAGCUCAGGAGGCCUUUUAAGAGAACUGAGCGAUGUAAGAAGAGAGACUCUCCUCUCACGGCCCCUCAGAGGCUGCAUGUCUUGGUCUGUUGGCGCUGGGCCGUGUGCCCUUCCACUUUGGGCAUCUGAUGUCAGGCAGCAACUUCUAUUUGCUACUGUUUACAUUGAGUUGGUGACGUAAGAUAAUCUUCUUCAUAAAAUACCCACUAGAAAACAGAUGGAGACCAUCUCUUUCCUUUGGCAUCCUCACUGGCUGUCUUCAAAGUUUUAAUAAGCAGAGGAAGAUUGUACCUUUACAGCAAGAGGAGCUGACAGUGUAUGCUGUAUAUAUUGCACCUGUCUUAUGGAUAAGUGGUGAACUCGAGCUUUCCAGAGUUUUCCCUUUGCCACUUUUGCAGACUCUGCAUUCACUUUAAAGCGUAUGACAAUACCCAAGACUUAAUUUACUGCAGUGACGUUAUCUUUCUAGACUCUAGCAUUGAAAUAUCUAAACUGCUUAGUAUGUUCCUGACAUGACACCCAAGACAGGUGGGUGUAAUGGAGUUGCUUUUUGGGUAUUGUUCAUCCAGAAAGUCCCCUGCCUGGUGGGAGAAAAGGGUAUGCCUUCUUCAGGUGGAGAUAGCAGGGAGUGAGCUCAUGUAGUGAACUGUCUUCCUGUUCAGUUACGUCAGAGGCAUAAUACUGCUUCGCAUUUUAGACAUCAGCAAAUCCAGGAUAAAGUUCCUGUGCCAGCGGCUCUUAAAAUGACAAUGUGCAAUAUUGACCUUUUUUUUUCUUUUUUUUUUUUUUUUUUUUUUUUGUUUAAAUGCAGAAAGAAAACUGCAGUUCAUAAUUAAGAGCAGGCAUCUGGAAUUUUCUGGUUUGCAUGAUGGCUUAUGAGUCUGCUUUAGCAAAUAUAUAUAGCUAUAUAUAAAUAGCAGCACUUUUAAUGGUUGUUUUAGGUUGGCCAAUUUUAUGCCCACCAAGUGUGUGGACUUGAGAGCAACAUUGCAGACUAGGAUUAGAGUUUAAAAAUAAUUAAUGAGCACUAAAGACUUGCAAUUUAAUUGCUUCCCUUUCCUUGUCCCCUAUGGAGAAAAGCCAAGUUUAUUUGUUUAAAAGUUGUGUAUGUGCACACAUGCACUUAAUUAUUUGUAAACUUUUAUCACUUUCAGCAUAGGUAUGCAAGAAAACCAAAUGCUAACAUAGCUUGUCAGUUGUGCUUGGCCUGGUUUCAUGCUCUUCUCCAAGUAGCUUCAUAAGAUUGCACUGCCAUAGCUGGUUGAUGAGAUACACAUUUACCUUUGGGAAUACCUUCUUCAGAGAAAGUUAAUGUGAAAAUGCAGCCUGUAUGUGUUGGUUUCAAUCUGGUAAUAUCCAACUUCCUGACAGAUAGCACUGAGGAGAUGAUUGCUUUUGCUUCUUAAGCACCUGCCUAGGAAAAUAAAAGUCCUGUAUAGGAUUAUAAUCUCAGGAGGCAGUUGGGAAAGCAAGUUGAAAGGGGAGGGGAGGGGGGAGAGAAGUGGCUUGCUCGCCUUUUCUCCAUUACAACUUUCAGGUCACUUAAGGUAAUAUUAUCUUGUAUAUAUGCUGCCUCAUUAAACACACAUUUACUAACAAGUAUAUAACUGCCAGCUUUUUUGGAUCACAUUCCUGACAGAGCCCAGUGUCGCUGUGACUUCUUGGAGCUUGGUUAUGUGAAUUGCUGGUACUCUACUAGCUCACUUCAGGAGCAGUUUGCAGCUCGUUGCAACUUGUUUUUAAUGUAGUGUAGGGAAGGUGGGGGUUAAUAUAGGCUCUCUUUUAAUUAUCAUGGUAGCAGUCUGUAAUAUGGGUAUAGUACCGUGUUGGUUUAAAAAAAAAUAAUAAUGCAGCAUUACAGAAAUAUUUUAUUACAAUUUGUGUUGCUGAAGUAGCCAUGGUAUUGUUGAAUGCUUGAUAAUAUUUGCAUCGGUUAAUUCAUAGAUGGUGGUAGAAUUAGACUGGAUGAGCAUGGAAGCUGAACAUCUGUCUUGCUUCUGGAAAUCUCUUUUACGUGUCGCUGCUGCUGUAUAAUAGUACUGCAGAGUUAGAAAGCUUGCACUGCUGUUGCUAUGUGUGCUAUGUCUGGCUUUUUUUUGAGAUCCUGAACUGUCAGGAUGCCACUAGCAACACGUGCUGCUAGCAGAAACAAUCCGUGGAAAGCAGAAAUGUGUUAAUACCCUACAGUUAUAGAACCAUAUUUGUUCUGUCUUACCUGUUUUCAGAGAAUGUGAUCCUAGUAAUGAGGGUGAUGGAGGAAAGUUGUUUUAGUUUUUUUCUUAACAGCAGCUUAAGUCUAGGUCCUUGUUUCAGAAAUCGGUUUUCAGCAGUGAUGGCUGAAUGUAAUUCCUAUGCACUGUCUUUGGCACAUUCAAGUUGCAUUUUGCAAUAGGUCAGGAAGUAAUAAAAUUCCUUGAAUUUGAGAAUUCAUUGUUUUAACUUAGAGCAUUCUAAGACUUCAGUAUCCGUAUACUUUGGUAUAAUGGAGCAUGCAUUAUAAUAUGAAAGGCUUUGGCUGUUCAGUGGUUUGUUUGGAAUAAUUUCUCCCUCUGAUAUGUUUUCAAACCUCAGAUAUCUAGCAAACAGAUUCUUCUUUUUUAUAGUGUUCAUUUUAACCACAGUGAAGGCUGCUUAUGUGCAUAUCUUCCUUUACACAGCUUUUUCAAAAUGCAGUGAGAUGCAUUAAUGUCAAAUUCCCUCAUGACUUCAACUUCCAUGCGAGAACUUCUGCAGCUUGAGAUUGGGGUGAAAGAGCUAGCCUAGUGCAUUGAUGCAGUUUCUCAGGUGAGCACAGGUGUGGAGUUCUGAUCCAUUUCUGUAGCAUUUUUCUAGUGCUGAGGUCAGAACCUAUAGUUCUGACAGUCUGUUGGCUACCCAUGGUUUAUUCAUGUAUCUCUUAGUUACCUUUUGCUACUGUUUUAUAGCAUUUUUGUAUGUACUCAUGUUUUACUAUACAAUUUAACCUCUUCCAUUUUUAAUGCAUAUUUGUUUACAAGACACAUCUCAGUGUUGUAUCAAGAGGCUAUCUUGGUAUUGUCCGAUAUGAAAAUAAACUACAUCAGUAGUUAAGGAACAUUGUCAAAGUUGACAGGUAUUUUAAAACUUGAUGUUUGAGUUUUGGGUGUCCAUAACAAUUUUGUUCUGUUUUGUUCCUUAGUUCUCCUGUGUAAAGAAAUACACGUACCUUCUGGCCUCUGAGGUCAUGGGUAUGGAUAGUUUAUUUUGUCUUAAUAAUCACGGAGCAUGGUAUUGCAAACAAACAGCCCGAGCCCCACAGGAUCUUACACUCGGCAGAUAAGUUGAAAAUCCAUUAGAAUUGCAAUUAUGUUGCUUAGAAGCUAUUUGGGAUGUUUUAAUGAGGUAUAGUAUGUCUUGCCUAAACAGGAAUUUUUAUGGUUUGAUUUGAAUUUAAUUAAACAGUAAUUGGCAAUGGCUGCUGUUUAGUCUGAACAGUAUUAGCAAAUCUGCUUAAUGUGGAAGCCUUUGGCUAUUGUAAUCAAGUUGAGUGGUGGUUAAUGUGUGACAUGCUAAAGUUGAUCUGCUGAAAUCGGAGGCUGUCAGAUGAAGAUUAAAAGAUAAAAUGCAGUGACAGUUGUUUCACACAGUCCUUCAGGGCCAUUACUGCAAAAGGCUUUGUCUUGGAUCGACAUCUAUGGUCACAGCAUUCCGCUUCGUUUGAGCGAGUAGUAUUGAGUGUGUAGGAGCCCUUCCUAAAAGCCAAUUCUGGACAGAGAAGAAUUUUUGAAAGUAGAACCAAAUCUUUUCUCCAUAGCCUGCUUUUAGUCAUAAGGAUACAAUAUAGGAGCUACAGAGUCGUAGUAAUGGCAGUGCUGUUGUACUUCUGCAAUCUGUGUUUAUCAUCAACAGACCUUGUAUUGAAAUUUCCUGACUGUCUUGGUGCCAUCUAAAGCAGAAAGAUUAAGCUUUGGUUUUGGGUGUCUAGUGGAUCUUGAACUGAGGAAUAUUAUUCUUGCCUUUGUACAAAGAACAAACAAAAAUAAGGGGGAAUAUGUCUACUGCAGAACGUUGGUUCUUUCUGGAGGAUGCAGCUUUGCUGACCGUAACCAUGCUUUGCAAAAAAAAAAAAAAAAAAAAAAGUGACCUGCAAGGUAAGAAAGCUGGGCAGGGCCCAAUGUUUCUUCUUUAAUGUGUAUGCUAAUGUAUUUCCCUUUCAGGAUAGCAAGAUGUCUGCUUUGUAUAAAUUAUUCUACAAAGAAAAAAAGUAAAACUGACUAGAAUUUAUUUUUGUUUACCCCCUCCCAAAGAAUGUAGUAGAAGACUUUGACUGUGGAGCUGUUCCAGACAUCUGAUAAAAAGCAUACUUUGAGAACUGAAAACUUGUUUUUAGAUGCAUCGUUUAACUGAGACUGGAAUAGCUUUCUUCAUGUGAACAUACGUGUGUACACAUGCUCACUGCCUGAGAGGACGUGUGUUCAUUAUGUAUUCUGGCUUCCAGAUCUGCGUAAAUAACGCUUACCUUGUACACUCAAAGCAAAUACUGCACUGUGCAGUUGCCACUUUUAAAUGUUUUGCACAUGCUGGUGAGGUUUUUUGGUUUGGGUGUUUUGUUGUUUUUGUUUUUUUUUUAGUACUCAAAUCAAUUAUACCACAGUGUGGACUAAUUAGUUGCCAAAGGUUAUUUUUAAAUGCAUCUUUGACAUUGUUGUAUGCCACAUCUUCUAAAAAAAGUGUCUUAAAUGUGUCUUUGAAUAGUUUUAUGUUCAUGGAACAAAAGUUUGGACUUCUUUUUUUACUUAAAACACUUGCUUCUCUGUUGAGACCAUGCGUUGCAGAAGGUUUUCAUCUCAAAGUAGGGUUUUUGGCAGGGGGCGUAACAGGAAAAUUAUGAACCUUCGGAAAACAGGGGUCUUUUAAUGGAGACACUGAAUGAACUGUAAGCAGCGCAGUAAGGAGAGGGGAGGAGAGGUUGGAAGGCAUUGUGUUCGGAGCCCAUUUCAGUCCUUGAGCAGUACAUGCAGCAGUGCUGUACUAAUAACUGGAAGCUGUUUUGGUUUUUUUUUGUUGUUGCUGUUUGUUUGGGGUUAUUUUUUUCUUCUGUUUUUUUUUGAACACAGGAAGGCUUUGAGGAUGGCCUCUGCAUGGUUCCUAGUGUGUGCUGUGUGCUGGGGGGGUUACAAUACCUGGGUUUGCUCUAGGCUCCUUGAGAUGUGUUGUGUUUUUUUUGGCUAGCAUGUCUUAAAUCUUCAGGCUUUGAAACUGCUUUAUAGAAUUGUGUUGACUUUUUGUUCUGCUGUUGUUCAGUUGCACAGAGUUUUAUAUAUAUGAUGUACUAGUUUUAACGUUAAUUCUCUGUGAACAGGGUUGAGAUUAUUCAUUGUAGUUUUAAAAAAAAAAAAAAGUUGUAUUCUAAAUCUCCCUUUUAAAAUCUUGUUUGUAUUCUGUUGCAGUGUUACCAGAUGGCCUUAUGUACGUCACAGUGUUUUGUGAUAAGUACAGUAGCACAUUUAAUGCUUAUCUUCCCCCCCCCCCCUCUGUUUUUAUAGCCGAGAAGUAUAUUCUUAAUGGUAGAGAUGAAUAAAUGGGAAAAUUCUAGCAACAUGUAUGGUAAGGAUAGUGGUUGUCUCCUCUGAUGUGUAUUAGGACAGCUGGAAUUAAUCUGGGACUGAAAUGACUCUGAAUAGGGAUCGUUAACCAGCGUGAGACUUUGUCUUGGGAAUUCUGAGAAUCUUUGAGCCAGCUGAUGGCAGAUGUGAAUCACAUGCCAGAAGCUUGUAAAUCAGAGUAGAUCUGUUGGCAUCACUGCAACUGGUCUAACUUACACUGGCUGAGAAUCUGGUCUUUGUCUAUGGCUCAGACAGAGUCAGGGGAGGGAAGUUUAAGUUAAAUUUUAGAGAACUUAAGCAACCUUAUCAGCUGUGGUAAUGUGUGACAGUUGUUCUGUUUAUUUUUAAAGUGCACAUCUGUUUUGGAAAGUGACUUUCUGAUGCCUUUAGUGUUUAUUCCUCAAUUGAAAUUUUAGGUUAAGCUGGGUUCUUUGCAAAUUGGCAAGAUGAUGUCUGCAGUAUUUUUUUAUACUACAGCAGCUCUGACAUCUCUGCUUGGGGCAGACUGAGCAGACAUUCAUGUCGGUUAACUUACUCUUUAACUCGAAUGGAUUCUGUUUUACUUUCCUCUAAUUGUAGUAGAACCAUCAGUGGUAAAAAUUACAUUGAAAGCAGCAGAGACAGCAUUUUCAAUUACUCUUUCCAGAACAGAAUUGCAUUUUUUUAAUGUAUAUAUAUAUAGUACCAAGUCAAGAGACAAAGCAAGUUAUGUUAUAGUGAGUGUCUUAACUUCCUACACUGGAGACUUUUUCUAGACACGGUCUUUUAGAGACAACUGUAAUCUUACACCGCUUUGGUGCUCUCGUUACAGUUGGGUAAACUUGCCUGGGAGAGAAUAGCUUCUCAGUCUAACUUUUUUUGAAAAUAAUACCUUAUAAUAAGAGUAUCUUAAUGCCAUUGUGUUUUAAAAAAAUAAAUGCCGGUAUGUAAUGCAAGUACAUAAAUAGCCAAAGUUUUCAGUAAUUGUUCAGUGUUACUAAAUUUGCUUUUAUUUAACCUUCCAAGAUAACAUAUUAGGAAGACCUUCAGCGUGUUGAUACAAUAUUGGAAAAAAGUCUGAUCAACUUGAUUAUAGCAGAUAUGCAGUUAUUUGAACACAUUUCAGGUUUGAAUAUAAUUUGGAGGCAAAGUUCUAAGAUGCAAAACUUACUUUGGAGGAAGUGCACUGUAAUGACACUUCAAAGUAACAAAUGCUGCUUUUAGAGUGGCAUAUUGGCAGUUGUUAUUCAAACAUAAUGAAGGUCUUUCCUGAGAAAUCAGGUGACUUUUCUAUUGCUUCAAUUUUUGUGCAAAAAAAAAAAAAAAAAAAAUCAAUGUAUUGCAAUCUUUUUUAAAAAUGGGGUGGGAAUAGUUAAAGAAAACUAUUUUAUGUAAGAACUGACAGAGGGAUUUGCUUUGUAUAAUGCAAGCUGGCUUUAAAAAAGCAUUGUAGCAAAUUAUUCAAGUCAAUCAUAUGUUAAUAGUUAUGUGCAACCAGACAUGCAAAACAAUUGUAUUUUUUUAAAUAAAUAUUUUUAACAAA